ACCGGAUACCUAAAACAAACGAACAGUUGCGCUAACAUACAAGAGGCAGGAGUCGUGAAUUCGAAUUGCGUGAACGCUGUGUCAUGAAUUUAGACGCUGUAAUGUUGUUGGAGACGGUUAAUUUCGCCGCUGAAAAGCAUCGAAAUCAGCGUCGAAAAGACAUAGAACAAACUCCGUAUAUUAACCACCCGAUUGGAGUAGCAAGGAUUCUCAGCCAUGAAGCUGGCGUCACCGACAUUGUGGUAUUACAAGCUGCUCUUCUUCAUGACACAUUGGAGGACACAGACACAAAGCCCGAAGAGCUGGAAACAAAGUUUGGACAGAUUGUUGCUCGCAUUGUUCAGGAGGUGACAGACGAUAAGAGUCUGCCCAAACAGGAGAGGAAGCGUCUACAGGUGGAACAUGCACCCCAUUGCAGCCACCAGGCCAAACUGGUCAAACUGGCAGACAAACUGUACAACCUCAGGGAUUUGAACCGUUGCACCCCUGUUGGUAAUCGACUUCAUUAUAAUUUUUAUACUUUAUUUUAAUUUUGAACAAAUUUGACAUGAAUAUCAUUGUGAUCCUAUCUGAAGGUAAUUGAUUCCUUAAGUGGUUUUUCUCUCACCAGCAUGUCUUUUGCAGAUUGUUUUGCUGAAAACUGGUACUAUACAAACAUAAGAAUGUUUGUUUUUCUACCUUUCCAAUGUCUUCACAUUGAAUGUAACGUAUCGGUUAUGCAUAUGAAUUACUUUACUUGCCUGCUUGAGGCCAAAAUGUAGCGCUGUUUCUCAAUUUUGCGUGAAUAAAAGAAACCAGACGAUCACCACACAAAAACAAAGAUACAAGCACUAUUCGAUGCACCUUAACCCUCUCGU